GCCACGCCUUCCCCGGCCCCGGGCGGACCCGAGCGGUCGCCCUACCCCCGCUAUGGCCGCGCCGGUGACGCGGCAGGUCAGCGGCUGCGCGGGUCCGGUCCUGACCCCAACCGGCUCGGACACAGAACCCGGGCAGCCCCUGGCAGCUGCCGUGGCUGAUCUGCCGGUGCUGGAUGCGUCCGGGAGACGGGUGUCGUUCGGCGCGCUGUUCCGGGAGCGUCGGGCCGUGGUGGUGUUCGUGAGGCAUUUCUUGUGUUAUGUCUGUAAAGAAUAUGUCGAGGAUCUGGCCAAAAUCCCCAAGAGCUUCCUCCGAGAAGCAGAUGUCACCCUCAUAGUGAUUGGGCAGUCAUCAUACCAUCAUAUUGAGCCUUUCUGCAAACUGACUGGAUAUUCUCACGAAAUCUAUGUUGAUCCUGAGAGAGAAAUUUAUAAAAGAUUGGGAAUGAAAAGAGGUGAAGAAAUUUCCUCAUCAGGACAGAGCCCCCACAUAAAGUCCAACCUGCUUUCGGGAAGCCUUCAGAGCCUGUGGCGGGCAGUCACUGGCCCGCUUUUUGAUUUCCAAGGAGACCCAGCUCAGCAAGGCGGAACCUUCAUUUUAGGUCCAGGUAACCGCAUCCACUUUGUGCACCGAGACAGGAAUAGGGUGGAUCACAAGCCCAUAAACUCUGUUUUACAGCUUGUGGGAGUUCAGCCUGUGAACUUCAUGAGCAGACCUACAGUUAUCCAUGUGUGAAUGGGCCCUUGAAAUGUGAGACAAAAUGCCAGGCUUCAUGGGAUUAUAAAACACAAAACUCAUGUGCCUAUAGAACUAUAUUCUGAGAGGCAUCAGGAAAAGCAUUUUAAAUUUUAUAGCCUCUAUAAUUAUCCAUUCAAUGAAAGAUUUUUGGCAACUAAAAUGUAAGAAGGGGGGCUGGAAAGGGCACUUCGUGGUUAAAAGCACUUGCUUCUCUUGCAGAGGACCUAGGUUUGGCUCACAAUCGUCUGUAACCCCAGUUCUGAGGUAUCCAACACCUUCUUCUGGCCUUGGGGACCAGGCACACGUGUGGUAAACAUGCAUAAAUGUAGGCAAGCACUCAUACAGAUAAAAUAAGGAUAAAUAAAUCUUAUAAAACUACAUA